AUGAAUUUUGUGGUGAAAAACAUGUCCAAAAUGGCUUUCCACCCUCCGCAAUCAGCGGAGGAGCACCAGCAACUCGAUCUCUUUACAAACAAACCGGAUAAAAUUAAUGGUCAAAGAUCCCAAAUACCUUCAAAUACAAGACCACAAAAACCCCCAAAUCGCAACCUCGACUCCAUUUCCGAUCCUUCCCAAAGUUAUCCGCUCGAACCUCAAGCCCAAGUUCCAUCCCAGACUCUUCCGCCCCAGUUUUCAUUACCAUACCAUAAUCCGUUUGACUUCAACUCUUACCCGAUAACAAACCCGCCCAUCUUUGACUCCACCAUGAUGUUGUCGUACAACUCCAGCGACGGGGUUCCACGCCGUAAACGGCUCUCUAUCUCCAACGGACAAAUCGGCCAGAUCACAAACCAUGAAGCGUUCAUGGAUACCCGCAACGACAUUGCUGACGCCAGGCUCCCAUUAGGUAGACCAGGCAGCGCGGGUCCAGGAGAAAAACCAGGUUUAAAUCCGGAUCUACACCAGUCUACGCCGGAAGAUGGAUCUACUCCCAUAAGUGCCGCUGGAGUUCCUCCGCCAAACCACCAGCUCAUCUACAACAACGAGGUAAUCUACAACCCCAACGACGGCCCCAUCCCCGGAACAGCAGCGUGGAAAAGAGAACGGCUUUUGGAGAGAAAUCGGGUCGCCGCUUCCAAAUGUCGCCAGCGGAAAAAACAGGCCCAGCAGCAGCUUCAGGACAGUAUUUCGAAAUACGAAAAGCUCCUCGAGUCGUCGAACAGAACAGUACAACGUUACGAGACGCUUGUCAGCCGGUUCAAGGCGGUGAUCAAAGAAACUAUAGACAAAAACGGCGUGGACCUUUCGGGGCUCCGGGCGUUGUUAGAUGCAAGCAUCAAUGAUAUUGAAUAA